UGAUCUGCGCGUCAAGACCCGUCCCUUUCACUUUGGGAUUGGCUGAGGGGAGAGCUUCCGUUGACCCACUUCCGUUAGUUCUGCCGUGGACUCUCGGCCGUCGGGGUCGGUGAAGGCUCUCGGGAUCUCGAGAUGGCUGGGCGAAAACUUGCUCUGAAAACCAUUGACUGGAUCGCUUUUGGGGAGAUCAUCCCCCGAAACCAGAAGGCCAUUGCUAACUCCCUGAAGUCCUGGAAUGAGACCCUCUCCUCCAGGCUGGCCAACCUCCCCGAGAAGCCACCCGCCAUCGACUGGGCUUACUACAAGGCCAACGUGGCCAAGGCCGGCUUGGUCGAUGACUUUGAGAAGAAGUUCAAUGCCCUGAAGGUCCCUGUGCCCGAGGACAAAUUCACCGCCCAGGUGGAUGCUGAGGAGAAGGAGGAUGUGAAGAGCUGUAACGAGUUCCUGGCGAUGUCCAAGGCCAGGAUUGAGGAGUACCAGAGGGAGCUGGAGAAGAUGAAGAACAUCAUCCCGUUCGAGCAGAUGACCAUCGAGGACUUGAACGAGGCCUUCCCUGAGACCAAGCUGGACAUGAAGAAGUAUCCCUACUGGCCGCACAAGCCCAUCGAGAGCUUAUAAGCCCGCGUCGCGGUGCCAGCGCGGGCCUCUGUCCCGUGGCCAUUAAAAGGACGAGGUGGUG